CAGCCCCAAAGACCAAAUUUAGCGCGAUUACACUCCAUCGGCGGCGGCAAGUGAGAACGAGAAAGCGAGCGGGGCAAAAGGUCGAACGAGUGCCGGGCGUCGCGGCCACGACACGACAGUCUUUGAAGCCUCCACCGCUCCCAACCUCAGAUGCUCGCCUUCCCUUCCGGAUCAUAAUAUGCUCCUUCGCCGCCUCCGCCUCCUUCUCCUAAAGCCUUCCUCCUCGUAUCCUCUCCGGUCCUCGCUUCGAUCCGUUCCUCUUCUCCCCUUCUCCACCGUCUCCGCCUCUUCCACCCAAUCCUCUCUCCCCUUUCUGCCCUUGUUCGAUCCGGUGAACCCCGGAAGGGCUGAUGCGAGCACCAGCUUGUCGGAGAUCGCCGCUGCUGUUGGCGAGUGGUUCCGCCUGGGCCCCGACCCGCUCUCACCCUUCGACCAGAUCUACACCGCCCUUGCCUCCUCCCCCGACGACGCCUCCCUCGACGCCGCUCUCACCGCGCUUCGCCUCCCCCUCUCCGAGUCCCUUGUCGUCGGCGUCCUGCGCCACCGUCCCCACCCCUCAGCCACCUCCGCCUCUGGUACGUCUCUCCUCCUCCUCCGCCUCCGCUUCUUCGACUGGUGCGGCCGUCAACAUUCCUACCGCCAUUCCCGAGCCGCCUACCAUGCCGUCUUCCGCCACCUCUCGCGUGCCCACCUCGCCUCCGUCGUCAUCGACUGGCUCCGCCUCUUCUCCUCCUCCUCGCCUGACAUCCAUCGUCACCCGUUCCUUCCCGUCGGAGGAGCGACUGCCGGUCCCCACCCACGCUUUCAUGAGACCCUCGUCGUUGGGUAUGCCGUCGCGGGGAAGCCCGAACUGGCCCUCCAGCUAUUCGCACGGAUGCGGUUCCAGGGCCUCGACCUUGACUCGUUCUCGUACCACGUCCUCGUCAAUUCCCUUGUUGAGGCCUCCAACUUUGACUUUGCUGAAACCGUUUUCUGCCAGAUCUCCGACCGGGGCCUUGCUGGCCCCGUCACCGCCUGCAUCCGUCUUAAGAGCCUCUGCCGCCAGGGACGGCUUCAGGACGCUGAGGCUUAUCUCCGAGAGCUCGCUGCCUCUCCUACAGCUGACUGCCGCACCGUUGCUGGACGCAUGGUGGGCACCCUCGCCCAUGCCUUUUGCCAGAAAGGACAGUUUGAGGCUGCAAGUCGGAUUGUUGAUGAGUUUGGCUCCACUGAGGCAUAUGGCGUUUGGGUAGGCAACCUUGUAGGUGCCGGGAAGCUCGAUGCAGCAUUGGAGUUCUUGUUGCGCAAGAAGGCAUCGGAAGACUACAUUCCUGAGAGCUUCCAUUACGGAAAGCUCAUCUUCCGACUUCUGAAGGAGAAUCGUCUUGAGGACGUCUAUAAUGUGCUUGUAGAAAUGAUGGAAGAGGGGAUCUCUCCUGACCACAUAACAAUGAACGCAGCUCUCUGUUUCUUCUGCAAGUCUGGAAUGGUGGAUGUCGCUUUGUUCUUGUAUAAUUCUAGAAGGGAGCUUGGCAUCAACCCAAGUUUGCAGGUCUAUGACCAGCUGAUUAAUGCCCUGUGCCGUGAGGGUAAUGUGGAUGAUGUCUGCUUGAUUUUGGAGGAGUCCAUGCAACAGGGCUACUUUCCUAGGAAGCAAACAUUUAACAUUCUUUCUAACUUCCUAUGCCGGGAGGGAAGGCUUGAUAAGAUGCGGAAGCUGCUUGAUGGUGCUCUUCAGAGGGAAGAAAAGCCACUACCUGUUGUUUUUGCUAGGUACAUCUCAGCACUGUGCAAGGCUGGAGAAUUAGAAGAGGCUUGCCUGGUGCCCCAUAUAGUUAGUGGAGACAUUGCCAGUUUGUUGGGACGGUACAAGUCCACAUACGUAAACUUAAUUUGUGCAUUUAUAUUGUUGCGGCAGGUAGAUGUGCUUCCUCGGCUGAUUAUUGAGAUGCAAAAGCUUGGUCACAUUCCAAGUCGGAGCCUUUACAGGUCCCUCAUUUGCUCUCUGUGUGAGAUGGGCAAGUUUGAUGAGGUUUUUCACCUACUGAACGAGCAACUGGAGCGUCAUGAAUUAGACAAAAAGACAUGCUACAAUUACUUCAUGGAUGGGGCAGCACAUUCCAAAAGGCCUGAAGUGGCAAGGGAAGUGUACAAUAGGAUGCAGACUGCAGGAUUGGAACCCACUGUUGAUAAUAAUAUCCUAAUUCUUAAGAGCUAUCUGAAGAGUAAACAGAUAGGUGAUGCUCUUAACUUCUUCCGCUAUCUGUGUGAGAAGCAGGAGCCCAAAACCAAGCUGUACAAUGUAUUUAUAACUGGUCUUUGUGAAGCUGGGAAACCAGAGCAAGCUGUGGUGUUCUGGAAGGAGGCAAGGGAGAAGGGGUUUAUCCCAAGUCUUCAGUGUUACGAGGAUCUUGUACUUGAAUUAUCUUCUAACAAGGAUUACGAUAUUGUGGUUAAGGUUAUUGAGGAUUUCAAGCAAACUGGCCGUCCAGUUUCUGCAUUUUUGUGUAAUGUGCUGCUGUUGCACACUUUGAAGAGUCAGGACCUCCUACGCGCCUGGGCUCAAACAAGAGAGAAGUCCAAUGCAGUAGCUUUGAGUGGGGAAACUCAAGUAUCUGAAGGAUCUAUGCUAGGCCAUCUUAUCGCUGGUUUUUCAGGCGGAAUAAGAAUGAAAGAUGGUGUUGAUAAGUUGGACGAAUUGAUUGAGAGAUUCUUUCCAGUUGAUAUUUAUACAUACAAUAUGUUGUUGCGAGGCAUGAGCAUGGCAGGGAGGAUGGAUUAUGCAUGUGAUUUGUUUCAUAGGAUACCUAAGAAAGGUUUCAAGCCAAAUCGGUGGACUUUCGACAUUAUAGUCCAUGGUUUUUGCAAACAAGGUAAAAGAAAGGAGGCUGAAAGAUGGAUGGAGGCAAUGCAUCAGAACGGGUUUCACCCGAAUUGGUACACAAUGAGGAUAUAUAACAACACCUCCUAGUUAGUGAAUAUGGCUCAGUGGAUGAUAUGCAAACUUUGUGUUGCUUACAACUCAUUGCUGGUCCGUCAUCAUCCUUGUUACUUAACUGAAGCAGGUUGCAGAAGCAGAUGCCCAACUCAGGGUGGCUGUCGCUCGCUGUAAACCUGAGUGUUGUAUCGAUUACCAUAAUAAUACACCGAUACGUAGCAGAGAUGCCUCAAGUUGGGCAUGCCGUUCAUUUGCCAGAUUUUUUGCUACACCAAACUACGCACUUUGAGCAUCAGAAUUAGCAUCCUGAUUGUCUAUUUGGUUCAUUCAUCUGUGUACAAUAAUCUAAACAUUCUUGAAAUAAUUCAGCAACCCCAUCAACGCUCUCAUCAGCAACGAAGGAUUUGGGCAGGUCAAAUUGUAACGAGAGCCGAGUACUAAUGACGUCACUAAUUGCUUAAGAGGGUUACAUGGCCAGCAUGACUGUUAGUGCACCCCAUUCAUUCACUGUGAACAGCUUAUUCCAUUGAAUUACUGUAACCCACUGCUCAAGCUCUCAAUCAAAGAAUAAAUUGAUCGCCAUCAUCGAAUGAUAGGUCACGAACACCGCGAAGUCGGCGGCGGUGAGGCUCGCCAGGAGAAAGUAGAACCUGUCCAUAUGCCCUCUGUUGAGGUUGGCCGGAAUCCACCCGGGUCGGUCGCCCUUCCCCGUGAUCUCCAUCACUGCCGUCACCAGUAGGCUGCUUACGUAGUUCCCCAGCGAGAUGGAAGUCAUGCAGAGCGCGCUGCCGAAGCUCUUCAGCCCGUGCGGCGCUUGGCCGUUGAAGAACUCCAACUGACCCACGUACAUGAACACCUCCGAGGCUCCUAUCAGCGCGUACUGAGGGAUCUGCCACAGGAUGCUCAGCGAGCUGUCGUCGUCGCAGCCUCUGCAGACGCUCCUCAGUCGCUGCACUUCCACGGUUCCCGCCGACGCCAUCGCCAUGAUCGCCAGGAUGAGCCCCGCCCCCAUCCUCUGCAGCUCGGUCAGCCCCCUCGCGUCCUUUCUCAGCCGGGAGACCAGGGGGUUGAGGAACCUGCGGUAGAACAAGAUGAAGGCCGCCACGCUGACGAUGUCGAAGGCCGACAUGCUCGCGGGGGGAAUACGGAAGCCGGCUACCGUGCCGUCCAUGGCUGCGCCCUGCUCCACGAAUAGGGAGGCCAUCUGCGUGAAGACGACGGAGUAGAGGAUGGUCGUCAGCCAUAUGGGGAUUAGCCGGAGCACGCAUUUCAGCUCCUCCACUUGUGUGAUGGGGCAGAGGCGCCAUGGGUCGCGGGAGCAGCCGGACGUGCCUUGUUGGAUCGUGAAGUCAUUCUCCGGAUCGAUGACCGCAGCUCGAUCCAAGAACCUACGGCAGCAGAUCACCUCAAGCUGGGCCGAAUGCAUGCAAGCCGAGAACGUGAAGGAUUCGGUUUCCGGAACCUACCUGAAACCUUCAGUGUGAAGUAUCCUUCUGCUCCCAUGAGCGGCUGAGACCUGCAUCUCCUCCGCCUCGUACAAGUAAUCGCCACCAUUUGUUGGCAUCUUCAUCCUCCACUUCCUCGAUGCGGCGACGACGACCUGACACACCCUGGAGAGGGGGUUGCCGAUGGGCUUGAAGUGCCUGUACCUGGAAGUCCCGCAGAGGAAGAGGAGCAGGGCGACCAUGGCAGAGCCAGCCGAGACCCAGAACCCCAGUGCCCACAUGCCCUUGUCCUCGAAGUAGUUCAAGAAGGUGUUGGAGAAGAGGGACCCCAGGUUGAGGGCCAGGUAGAAGUAGCUGAAGAAGGAGACUUUGGAGUGGGACUCAUCAGGGUCCUUCGCAUCGAACUGGUCUGCCCCAAAGGUGGCUAUGUUCGGCUGGUACCCUCCAUUUCCCAGGGCAAUGAGGUAGAUCGAGAGGUAGAACACCCCAGUGUCCAUGCUCGAGUGAGGGCCACAGAGGAAGUGCUCCUCGCCACAUCCCGAGGGCUUCAGCAGAAACAGGUAGGUGGAUAGAGAGAGCAGCACCAAGCCCUGUUGACCCAGAGAAACAAAACCGUUAGCAAUGGUGGUAGCUCGUCUUCACAAGCUUUCAGAUGGAUCUUACGAAUACAAAGAUGACUUGGAAGAUGGCGCAUGUCUUGUAUCUUCCCCAGUAGGAGUCACUGAGGAAGGCGCCAAGGAGGGAGAAGAUGUACACAGUGCCUGUCCACUUGCUGACAUUGUUUGCUGCAUCAGCGUUGUUCUGCUGCAGGACUCUCGUCAGGAACAAGACCAAGUUCACGCCAACCCCGAAGAAUGCCAACGUCGCUAAUCCUUGGUUCACUGCAUCGAGGUUACAGAGCUGAACAAAAAGUUUAGGACAAGAUGUCUUUUCCGGGUCAGAAUUCACACACCCACAUGUGGUGCUGUUCAGAUUCCAGAGGCAAAUUCCAAAAUCCUUGUGGGGGGUUGAUGCAAGAUGCAGUUGCAGAUUGUGACAAUGGCAGUGACCCCCCACUCUGAUGUGAUGUUGAUCCUUCCAGUUUGCCAAGUCGACAAGUAAAGCUCAAGCUCAGGAUCCUAGAGAAAGAAUCUACCACACGCAAGCCUACAAGAGAGGUCUUCUUACAUCUGUCUGCCUGUUUGGUGAAAGAAGCCGGUAAAAUAGACAGCUACAAACACCUGAUAAGCAGCAGUGCCUGGCAGGAGUGUGCAUCUACAUCUAAAGAGACCCACUCAACGAUCAGGUGAUCUUUACUGGAUAUUUCUUGUGCUUAUAACAUCAAAAUAGCCAACAUCUGCUUUUGAUUUUGAUCUUGAGAUCACCAACAAAGCAUCAUUAGUGGCAGCAUAAAUAUCUUUGCGCGCAUACUUGGAAUUCUCUCCUCUUUUUUUUUUUUUUUUUUCUUUUCUGUGAUCUAUUAGAACAAGUCUUGAUACAAUGAGAAGGUUGUUUCUUGGUGACAUGAAUGGUCAGAAUUCGAAAAGGGAACCAAAAUAAAAACCAAAGUGUCAAUUAAAUGAA